AUGGUCAGGUCUUUUGAGGAUGACAUUCGAGAGCUGGAAGCCACCCCAGUCACUAAAUCUCCCUCUAAAUCCAGAAAAAGGAAGAAAAGGGACUUUGCUUCCUCUGAUGUCGAGCAACUAGAUGACAAUACCAAAUCCCGUAAUUCCUUUGUGAUGAAGCUAUUCGAUCGUAGUGUGGAUCUGGCUAGUUUUCGUCCUAACGCACCUCUCUACCCUGUAUGCCGUGCUUGGAUGUCCAACUCCCCUACUGCAAAGAUGCCCAGGAGAGACUUGUCACCAUCCCCAGAACCUUUACCAGAUUCAGACGUGUCUGAGAAUGGACUCAUCUACAGAUUGCCCUCUCCCGGUAAGACUUGCAGUGAGAUGACAGAGGAGCUUUCCAGAGACCCAAGAAUUCCAUCCCCCGUACCACAGCCUGAAGAAACCUUAGACAUACAUGCGGAUUCAUCUCAAGCACCCUCCAAAGAAACGCUUCUCAAUGGUCACUUACAGAGAUGGAGAGUAAUCAGAAAUAAGUAA